CGCACACACACAGCUCCACUGAAUCUUGGACUGUCUGACUGAGCGACCCAAACACACGCCAUAUCCAGUCAGCUUUCAGAUCGAGAAGGGCCGGUGUUAUUUUAAGAUCAGUACAGUUAAUAUCCUUCCACUUCAAAAUACAUCCGAAACGAUGCUUCGCAAAAUAAUCUAAAAUAAAACAGGCGAAGAUAGGCUACGACAGGCGAUUUGGACGUGAGCAGUCCUCUUGCUUCAGCCCCCAUGCCCGCCUGGCUGUGAGUGAUGGUCAGGUGUUUGAGCUUGCGGCUCUGUCUGCUGGCGGGGGCCUGCCUCUUGGCCCAUGCCACCCCUCUCCCACCUUCGCCAGGCGAGGAGGGCAGCCGGAGGGCUGGCAGGCGGCCCGGGGUGGCACGAGCUGUGACAGGGAGCGGAUUUGUGCGAGAGGACAGUCGGAUUGACCCUGCCCCUGCGCCUGUCGCGUCCAGCGGCCCACCGGCAGCUCCAGAUGGGCUGUCACAGAGUGUCAGGGUGGUUAAUGGGACAGAGCAGCCUGCCGCUGACAGCUCGUCUCUGCUGCUCCGAGCAGGUGAUGCAGGGCCUCGGGGGUCUGGGAGAGCAGGGAGUGCCGCCGUCAGCCCCACGGAGCAGGAAGGGGUGAACGAGGGGGCACCUGCUUUGGUUAAAUCGAGGCUGGGGGGCGAGCGAGAUGUCCUGCCAGCACAGACAGAGGGGAAUCACAGGCAGGCAGAUUCCACGUUGAAGAGGACAGGAGGUGACAGACAGGGCCCCACUGCUGGAGGCAGCCAGAGCCCAAGGAGUGGGAGCGGCUCAGAGGAAGGGCCCGGUCAGGGGAGCUCAGGGCACGGAGGGCCCCUGGAGUCUCCCUCUGAAGGCACACAGGAGCCAGCCAUUUUAGGCUCACCUGGCACAGCCCAGGAUGCACAGGCGUCACAACGAGGCGCUGGCACUGAGGACACUGCAGCCAUCGACACCCCUGUGCUUGCACAGGCUUCCAUCAGGACAGAGCUGGAACCCACAAAGGCUAUGAUUCAGACCAGCAGCGAAACACCACAUCAUCUGCCUUCUCCUUCCCCAGCACCUCAGAGCGGCGAGAGAGGGACACAGGCACCUCCCCAGAUGAGUGUUGCUAUACAGAUGAAGGGCUCAGACAGCCCGGGGGUUCGAGGCCAGACAGGGGAGCGAGUGAACCCCACAGAGAAGCUGCUCUCCAGGGUGCAGGAGGCUAAAACAGCAAAAGCCCUCCCCACUAAACAACCCAGCCCCCCGAAUGAUGGUGUCGGCGCCAUGGCAACAGCGAGUGCCUUGUCGACAGCCAAUGCCACAGCGAUGCCAAGCAUCACCCAGAGAAGCCCUUCCUCCAGCAGCACGCCUUCCUCAGAAGAAACCGAGCUGCUCAGACAGACUGCAGACCUGGACAGGGGCCAGCUGUCCACGCCCUCUUUGUCAAACAUGGAGGAGGGAGGGGCCGUCACGUCUCCCUCUGUCCUCCCACCCCGCCCCCACCUGACCGCCAGCCCCCUCAAUGGAAGGAGUGCCAAAGGAGGCAGUCCAGUCCACUCCGGAUCCCCUGAGGAGACGUUUGGCCCCACACCCACAGAACCACCCCAGGAAGAACAUCCCGGCCCUGAGCGGGGUGUCACUGCUCACCCCUCCACUGGAGGGCCACCACAGCAAGCUGCAAGUAAGACUGGGGAAGAUUAG